UCAUCGUCUUCUCUCUUUCUCUCCGAAAACUCUCAGAUCUCCACUUCCCCCAUUUCGACAGCUGAAUCUGGUUCUGACCCUUUCCUCUCAAACCUACGCCCCGGCCCCCUGCUUAUCCUGCGCACACCCCCCAACCUCCCCCUCCUCCUCCUCUACCAAGUCCUCCUCCUUCGCUAGCCGAGAUGGGCAAGGGCGGUUCUGGUUCGGGGUCGCUGAGCGACGGCGUGGUGAAGAAGAUCCUGCUCUCCUACACCUACGUGGCCAUCUGGAUCUUCCUCUCCUUCACCGUCAUCGUCUACAACAAGUACAUCCUCGACCGGAAGCUCUACAACUGGCCCUUCCCGAUCUCCCUCACCAUGAUCCACAUGUCCUUCUGCGCCACCCUCGCCUUCCUCCUCGUCAAUGUCUUCAAGCUCGUCGAGCCCGUCACCAUGUCCCGCGAGCUCUACCUCUCCUCCGUCGUCCCGAUCGGAGCCUUGUACUCUAUCUCUCUCUGGCUCUCUAAUUCCGCCUACAUUUACCUGUCCGUGUCUUUCAUUCAAAUGUUGAAGGCCCUCAUGCCUGUCGCCGUGUACUCGAUCGGGGUCUUGCUUAAAAAAGAGAACUUCAAGACCGACACUAUGGUGAACAUGCUGUCGAUCUCGUUCGGGGUGGCCAUCGCGGCCUACGGGGAGGCCAAGUUCGAUACCUGGGGCGUGAUUCUCCAACUGGGUGCUGUCGCGUUCGAGGCCACGAGACUGGUCAUGAUCCAAAUCUUGCUCACUUCGAAGGGAAUCCAGCUGAAUCCGAUCACCUCGCUGUAUUACGUCGCGCCCUGCUGCUUGGCGUUCCUGUUCGUGCCGUGGAUCUUCGUGGAGUACCCCGUCCUGAAGGAGACCUCGAGCUUCCACUUCGAUUUCGUGAUCUUUGGGACCAACUCGUUGUGCGCUUUUGCUUUGAAUCUGGCUGUGUUCUUGCUUGUCGGGAAGACCUCGGCCUUGACGAUGAAUGUGGCAGGGGUCGUGAAGGAUUGGUUGCUGAUCGCCUUCUCUUGGUCAGUCAUUAAGGACACCGUGACGCCCGUGAAUCUGUUUGGUUACGGGCUGGCAUUCUUGGGCGUGGGGUAUUAUAAUCAUGCGAAACUGCAGGCUUUAAAGGCGAAGGAAGCACAGAAGAAGGCUUCGCAAGCGGAUGAGGAGGCGGGAAGGUUGCUGGAGCAGAGGGAUGGAGAUGGAAUGAGGGAGAAAAGAGAUUCGCAAGCCUAAUUUUUGAUCGAAUUUAGAGGAUAGUUGAAUAUUGAGUCGAGUAUGGAAAUAAGUUAUCAGGGAGUCUUGGAGGAUACAAUUGGUUAGGAGGAAGGGCAAGUGAAUUGAGUGUCAUGUCUCUCAAUUUCCAUUUGCACCAUUUGGUAUGUGGCAUUUACGUUGUUGUCCGUGUCAUCUGCUCGUUAAUGAUGUCUUGUACUUGUGGCAGGGUCAAGAUUCAUGUCUAUUGCUUUGAUGUGGUUAUGUGCUUUACUUGAGUUGAAGAAUCUCAAUGGCCUGCUAGAUUUCCCAGUUUCCCCUUUUGUUCUUCAUACUAGCAUUGUAGCGACUUUUACUUAUUGAGUUCAGUGCUUAUUGACUCUUAUGAAUUUUCUAUGUAUGCGAUUUCUUUUGUU